AUGUCGCUCCGCAUCGUUCUUGGCGUUGCCGCCAUAGCUGCUGCGAAACCAAUUUCCACAGUCACUCAGGGCGAUUACUUGAGAACGCUCGAGACUAGAGGAGGAAAUGUUGAGAUAUCCGAAACGGUCUUUACCAACCUCAAGUAUUAUUCUCAGCACGCUGCCGCUGCAUACUGCAAUUUCAACACGGCUGUCAGCAGGCCCAUUGUAUGUACAGACAUGGUCUGUCCUCUGGUCAUGCAGAACAGGCCUCUGGUGGUAGCUUCCAUGGAGGGCGAGCUUACCGGGAUUGGCGCCUACGUAGCCGUUGACUCUGCCCGUAAGGAAGUCGUCUUUUCUGUGCGUGGCAGCAAUAACAUCCGCAACUACGUCACUGACGUCGUCUUCGCCUGGCGCCACUGUGACCUCACACCCGAGUGUAAACUACACAUUGGUUUCGCCGAGGCCUGGGACGAAAUCAAGGACGCUGUCACUCAAGCCAUAAUGUACGCCCGCGAGAUGAACCCCGGCUAUGAAGUCGUCAUCACUGGGCACUCACUGGGAGGCGCCGUCGCAACCAUUGGCGCAGCCUACCUUCGCCGCGACGGACUUCCCGCCAACCUGUAUACAUAUGGCUCGCCGCGUGUUGGCAAUGACAAGUUUGCGAAUUGGUUCUCUGAGCAGCGAGGCGGACAGUGGCGAGUCACUCACGAGAACGACCCCGUUCCCCGUCUUCCUCCCAUGUUUGCCGGCUAUCGACAUGUCACGCCAGAGUAUUGGCUGUCUGGCGGGGACGCCUUCACGACAGACUACGCCAUCUCCGAUGUCAAGAUCUGCAGGGGCAUCGCCAAUGUCGAGUGCAACGCCAGCCGCUUCAUCACUGACAUUUUUGCUCAUCUGUACUACUUCGGCGACACUGGUGGUUGUUCCGGCUUCCCCUUGCGGCUGAGAGACACCCAGCAAGUUGAUCCCUUGCCUCAGGAUCUCAAGGAUCGCCUCACCACCUGGAGUCGGAGGGACCAGCAAUUUGUGGAGAACGGUGAAGCAUAG